CUCCACAUCUCAGUGACCAGCCAGAUCUGCGCUGCGAACUCAACACAGGUGGUCGUGCCAGGUACCGCCGAGAUGUUGCCCAAAGUUCUCCUGAUUCUCCUCAACAUAUUCCUGGCCCUCCAGUGGAGGGUUGGACCUCACAUUAAACUGGAGAAUAAACCUCCUGCCCAAGAUAAUGUAGUCUUCGGCCCUCAGCCUCAGCCUGUGUCUAAACCUGUACUUCAGCCUGAAUCUCCUACCUAUGAUGAUGUAGUCUCCGGCCCUCAGCCACAGCCACACCCCAAAUCCCCUGGCUGUGAUGAUGAUGUAGUCUUUAGCUCCCAGCCUCUGCCUCAGCCCCAGCCCCUGCCCCUGCCCCAGCCUGGGCUAGAGCCAAAGCCCCACCCUCAGCCUCAGCCCCAGCCCCAGCCCCAGCCCCAACCUCAUCCCCAACCUCAGCCCCAGCCUCAGCCCCUGGCUGGGCGCCAGCCUCUACCCCAUCCUCUGCCUUGGCCAGUGCCUCAGCCCCAGCCUGACCCAGAACCCCAGCCCCAGCCCGAGCCCCAGCCGGAGCCCCAGCCCGAGCCCCAGCCCGAGCCCCAGCCCGAGCCCCAGCCCGAGCCCCAGCCUCAGCCCCUGGCUGGGCGCCAGCCUCUGCCCCAUCCCCUGCCUUGGCCCCUACCCUUGCCUGAGCCCCAGCCCGAGCCCCAACCUCAGCCUGAGCCCGAGCCUCAGCCCCAGAUCCCAGUCCACAUCCAGGCUGGGCGCCAACCCCGACCCAGGCCCCAGCCUGAGCCCCAGCCCCAACCCCAACCAGAGCCCCAGCCCCAACCCCAACCAGAGCCCCAGCCCCAGCCGGAGCCUCAGCCUGCGCCCCAGCCUGAGCCAGAGCCAGAGCCAGAGCCGCAGCCUGAGCCCCCCGAGCCACAGCCGGAGCCACAGCCGGAGCCAGAGCCAGAGCCACAGCCUGAGCCACAGCCUGAGCCCCCCGAGCCACAGCCGGAGCCAGAGCCAGAGCCACAGCCUGAGCCACAGCCGGAGCCAGAGCCAGAGCCACAGCCUGAGCCACAGCCUGAGCCCCCCGAGCCACAGCCGGAGCCACAGCCAGAGCCGCAGCCUGAGCCUGAGCCUGAGCCCGAGCCACAGCCGGAGUCAGAACCCCAGCCCCAACAGGAGCCUCAGCCUAGUGGAAAGAAGCUUACAGAAAAAGAAACAGAACUCACUGUUGAUUGCACAACUGAGCACUCAGGAGAGAACCUGACAAGAGCUUCUCGAAUCCUUAGCACCAUCCUGAGUAACUAUGACCAUAAACUGCGCCCUGGCAUUGGAGAGAAGCCCACUGUGGUCACUGUUGAAGUUUUUGUCAACAGCCUCGGGCCUAUUUCCACCCUGGACAUGGAAUAUUCCAUUGACAUCAUCUUCUACCAGACCUGGUAUGAUGAGCGUCUUCGUUACAAUGACACCUUUGAGACCCUUGUUCUACAUGGCAACGUGGUGAGCCAGUUGUGGAUCCCAGAUACUGUUUUUAGGAAUUCUAAGAGGACUCAUGAAUAUGAUAUCACCAUACCCAACCAGAUGGCUCUCAUCCACAAGGAUGGAAAGGUGUUGUACUCAGUUAGGAUGACCAUUGAUGCGAGAUGUUCACUCCACAUGCUCAAAUUUCCAAUGGAUUCUCACUCUUGUCCUCUGUCUUUCUCUAGCUUUUCCUAUGAUGCACAUGAGAUGAUCUACAAGUUGGAGAAUUUCAAGCUCAAAAUCAAUGAGAAGAACACUUGGAAGCUAUUUGAGUUUGAUUUUAUAGGAGUGACCAACAAAACUGAAAUCCUCUCAACCCCAGUUGGUGACUUCAUGGUCAUGACUUUCUUCUUCAAUGUGAGCAGGCGGUUUGGCUUCAUUGUUUUUCAAAACUAUGUCCCUUCUUCUGUGACCACAAUGCUCUCCUGGGUCUCCUUCUGGAUCAAGAUAGAGGCAGCUGCAGCCAGGGCCUCUGUAGGGGUCAGUUCUGUACUCACCAUGGCCACGCUGGGCACCCUUUCCCGUAAGAAUUUCCCUCGUGUCUCCUAUCUCACAGCUUUGGACUACUAUAUUGCCAUUUGUUUCGUCUUGUGCUUCUGUGCUCUACUAGAGUUUGCUGUGCUCAACUUCCUGACCUACAAUGAGACGAAACAACAGGCUUCUCCAAACCUCUACCAUCUUCCAACCAGUAGCCGUGCUAAUGCACGUACUCGUGCUCGUGCCCGCACCCGUGCUCGCGCCCACGCCCGUGCCCUCCAGCAGCAGGAAGUGUUUGUGUGUGAGAUCGUCACCUAUGAGGGGAAUGCUGAAGAGGAACGUCAGUAUUGCCCAGUCGAGCAGUCUUCAAGCUUCAGAAGACCCCAGUGUCCCCGGAGGCGAUGUGGCAGAAGCUAUGUGUGCUUCAAGGUUCUCAGGAAGUAUUUCUGCAUGGCUCCUGGUUGUGGGGGCAGCACCUGGCAGCGGGGCCGCCUCUGCAUCCAUGUUUACCACCUAGAUAACUACUCGCGGGUGCUGUUCCCCAUUACAUUCUUCUUCUUCAAUGUACUCUACUGGCUGAUUUGCCUUAACUUGUAGGCUCCAGCGGGUAGCUCAUGGGGCAGCCUCCAAGUUCCCCAGGAGGUGCCAAGCAUCUUUGCCAAGGGAGUUAGGAGACAACAGCAACAGCAGCAGGAGUGUUUUUCCUUCCCUGGUUCCCAGUACAAGCCUGUGGAGAGUUUGUCUCUGCUAGCCCUCUUUCCAUUAGCCUUUUCACUCAAUCUUCUCAACAGUCCUUCUCAAGUGACAGACCACUCCUCUGUUCUUCAAAGAGCAUUCAUGAUGUUCAGUGUGCCCACAUUUGAGCAGAUAAGUUAUCUCUCAAUGGUGUUUACAGCUACUGUCUUUCCCCCAGAAGCCCAUGGUUCCCUUUGUGGUGCUAAGGGGCCCAGCUCAGGCUCAGCCCCAGAAUGCACAGAGCCAACAGUUUAGCAGAAGGAGGGUUCUCGUCCAUAAGUCUUUAAGUCAGACCAUUAGAUUCUUGUUUUUUUUCCUGACCUCCCUUCCUCUAGAC